GCUCGUCUUCAUCGACAUUGAAAAUUGACAUGUUCGAGUAUGGAAUCGUACAGCGCUGUUCCCUUCUGAUUAGUGCAAUUCUGCAUUGCAAGAGAAUGGAAACAGAGUCGUUGAAACAGGUGUGGCAAUCUUUGAGUGCAAGGUCCCCUCUGCAUAGUCCCAUUCACAAGCAGUUAAAAGUGCUGAAAUUGUUGAAGGAGAUGGAGGAGUUGGAACCAUCAACAAGACUAACUUUGGGGAAUGUUUGUUUACUUUCCACCUAUAUUGUCUGUCUUUCAGACAAAAUAGAGAAAAUCUCUUACGAGAUUAAGUUGGUGGCAUCUGCAUUCUGCAGUGCAGAUGGAGGUUCCAUCAUAAAGAACACCCGCAGCUACCACACCAAAGGUGAUGUUGAGAUCAAGGAAGAGCAUGUUAAGGCCGGCAAAGAGAAGGUCCAUGCUUUGUUCAAGAUUAUUGAGACCUAUCUUGUGGCCAACCCCGAUGCCUACAACUAAAAUAUAUACAUAUAUAUACUGCAUGCUAUAGGGGCAACAACAUGUGCCCUGCUUUCUCUGUUUAUUGAGCGGUGUGGCUUUCAGUUUUUUCUUUUGUAUCAUACCAAAUUAGGCCUUUGGCUUACACUUUGGAGUCAUGAUUAGCGAAUAAUGCUGUAUUCGAUUUCAAUAUCAAUAAAUAAAACAUGAAUUUUAUAUUUAUCAUUAUAUUUAUCAUUUCAUGGUAGUCUUUCUAGAUC